AGGAACCUUCGGUGAUAUUUCAAGCUAGACCUAGAACUUCGAUCAGUUGUCAACGCGGUCAUAAGCUCGGAAUGAGUCGCCGGUCUUAACAAACUUAUCAAUCUCAAGUUGUAUUUAUAUUCUCAAGCAGAUACUACUUUCUUAUCACAAGAAAUCAAUACUAAUAAUUUCGUGCAAAGAAUCAAGAAUGGCAAUGGUGGGGGAGCUUGUUGCAGGAGCUGUUUUAGGAACACUGUUCGCCGAGCUGUACAAGGGGUUCAAGGAAAUGAGGGGCGAGACUAAGCGCUUUAGAGGCCAUCUAGAUAAUCUCAAUUGCACCCUUGACUCUCUGAAACCUCUGAUCUUCCAGAUAGGAGAGCUGAACGUGAAACUGGAUCUCCCAACUUUGGAAAUCGAAGAUCUCAAAAGAAAGAUGGGGAAGGGCGCAGAGCUGGUAGGCAGACUGAGCCAGAUUCGGAAGAGGGAGUACUUGUUAGUCAAGCGAAGUUAUAGCAACCAGCUUGUUGAACUGGAUCGAUCGCUUAAGAUACUGUUGGAUAGACUCAAGUUUCAGGAAGCAAGGGAUGUGAAGGAGAUCUUACUCCAGAUGAGAAAACAAACGUCUAAACUAGUCGAAAUGGAGGAGCUUCUCAAAAUGCUGGUGGAGAAACUGAAUGUGAGGCAGGAGCCUAGGGAUGCGAAGGUGGCGUUGCUUUCUGCAGUAGAGAGCAGUAAACAACUUGUUGAAUUGGCAGCGUCUACUAAACUACUGCUUGGUAAACCCGCAGUGCAGCGGCAAGCAAGAAAUGUAGAGGAGACCAGGAUUUUGGUGACGAAUACAGAGAUGGCGCUGGAGCGAGUUAAAGAGAAUAGUGUCUUGAAAGGUUUGGCAUCGCUAGUGCAACGGACUGCUGUGGGUACAAUAUUACAAGAGCUGUUUGAUGCGCUAUAUAAGAUGAAGGGAAAAUAUUCCAAGCUAGAGUUUCUAGAACCACUGAUCGAAGAUAUGCAGGCAAAAUAUAACAAUGUCUUGGAUCACCCAAAAGAAGAACUAGAAAAUUUCAAAAUGCUUGUGGAAAAGGCCUUGCGCCUCUUACGUUCCAAGCUUUGUGCAUCGAUCAGCUACAAAAAGCACAAGUACGGCAACCAGCUACUUGCAAUAUUGGAUAAAUCUCUUCAGAAACUGUUGGACAUAUUAAAAGUGCAGGAAUUGAGUAACACCAACGAGACGAGCUUGGUUUCAGUCAGGAAUAUAGAGACAGUAGUACAAAGAUUGUUGGACGUAUAAUACCUAAGAGCAUUUGCAGUGGGGACCCAAAUUUGAGUCCAAAACCAAGAUUUGAGUCCAAAAAUAAAGGAAUGAAGCUGUAGUGGGUCGGAAAAAUUUGGAUCCAUUUCUGCCGGAGACCCAAAUCUUGGCUCAAAUUUGGUCCAAAGGAUGAUCCAAAAAAAUUGGACUCAAAUUUAAUAUGACUCUUCACGUGGGCUUUCUGGUGCAUGGAAGUGUGCAUGCAAGUGGACAUGAGAUCAGAAAUGGUGUGGGACCCAGCACAUGGGCUUUCUUAUGCAUUUUUUUUUUUAUAAAUAUAAAAUUUUGAA